CACCAAGGGGAGACGGGAUUUCCGCUUCCGGCGCGCCUCGCUCUGGUCCCUGCGGCUGGCGGCCGAGCCUUGUGCCUCCGCCAUAUUGUCUGUGUGCGGCCGGCGGGCGGGCGGCGAGCGGGCGGCCGCGGCAGUUGGAAGAAUCUGAGGCCUUUAUCUUCUGUCCAGCUCUGCAGUUUGGGUAGCCUCUGAUUUCAGACAUCUCAUCAUUUCCACCUGCCAACCUGUCUGAUAUGUCGGGACCCGUGCCGAGCAGGGCCAGAGUUUACACGGACGUGAACACACACAGACCCCGGGAGUACUGGGACUAUGAGUCGCAUGUUGUUGAGUGGGGAAAUCAAGAUGACUACCAGCUAGUUCGAAAAUUAGGCCGAGGCAAAUACAGUGAAGUAUUUGAAGCCAUCAACAUUACAAAUAAUGAAAAAGUAGUUGUUAAAAUUCUCAAGCCUGUUAAAAAGAAGAAAAUCAAGCGUGAAAUCAAAAUCUUAGAGAACUUGCGAGGCGGUCCCAAUAUAAUCACUCUUGCAGAUAUAGUAAAAGAUCCUGUGUCUCGGACACCUGCUUUGGUUUUUGAACAUGUAAACAACACAGACUUUAAGCAAUUAUACCAGACAUUAACAGAUUAUGAUAUUCGAUUCUACAUGUAUGAGAUUUUGAAGGCUCUAGAUUACUGCCAUAGCAUGGGAAUCAUGCACAGAGAUGUCAAACCUCAUAACGUCAUGAUUGACCAUGAGCACAGAAAGCUUAGACUAAUAGACUGGGGUUUGGCUGAAUUCUAUCACCCUGGCCAAGAGUACAAUGUCAGAGUGGCUUCCAGAUAUUUCAAAGGACCUGAGCUUCUUGUAGAUUAUCAGAUGUACGAUUACAGUCUGGAUAUGUGGAGCUUGGGUUGCAUGUUGGCUAGUAUGAUAUUCCGAAAGGAGCCAUUUUUCCAUGGCCAUGACAACUAUGAUCAGCUGGUGAGGAUAGCCAAGGUGCUGGGAACAGAAGACCUGUAUGACUACAUUGACAAAUACAACAUUGAACUGGAUCCACGUUUCAAUGACAUCUUGGGCAGACACUCCCGUAAGCGAUGGGAGCGCUUUGUUCACAGUGAGAACCAACAUCUGGUGAGUCCAGAAGCUCUGGAUUUCUUAGACAAGCUGUUGCGAUACGAUCACCAGUCACGACUCACAGCGAGAGAAGCCAUGGAACACCCCUACUUCUAUCCCAUCGUGAAAGACCAGGCUCGGAUGGGCUCGUCCAACAUGCCGGGUGGCAGCACUCCUGUCAGCAGUGCCAGUAUGAUGUCAGGGAUUUCUUCAGUGCCAACACCUUCACCCCUUGGACCUCUAGCAGGCUCACCCGUCAUUUCUGCCACCACCACUCUGGGGAUGCCCGUUCCAGCUGCUGCAGGCGCCCAGCAGUAGUGAUGGGCUCUGUCUCCUGCUGCCUGAGCUGAGUCAGGUGGGGAAGAGGUUUCCCCCCCCUCCACCUCUCCUCAGGACGCAGCUCGUGCCUGGCAGGGGAAGGGAGGGGACGAACGCUUUGGAGGCACCGUGUCUGAACUGUUGCUUGUGGAUUUAUAGUAGUUCAGUCAUUAUAUACAAAAUUAUUAUAGGCUGA